GUCACACUAUGGAUUUACGGUUACACUGGGCAAGUGCACGAAAACUGUUGCAGCGUUUUGCUUCGCUCGGUUUUAAAUAAAUUAAAUAAAUUCCUGCUCCGCGGCGUGCGGUUGUGUGCGUAAGCAAAUGAAAAAUAAAGUAAACAUAAUACGCGGUACUUGCAAAAACGAAAUGAGCUCCAAUUGAGUGAUGAAAAUAAUUGAAGUGCAUUAAAGAACUGCGUUGUGCGUCCCCUUGUUGUUGUUAUUGUUGUCGUCGGGUUGAGUGCACCGAAAAUAAUUGUUAUAAAUUCGAAAUACACAUUAAUUGGUAAAUCCGCAUAGCUGCAAAGAGUGUGCCAAAAUAAAGAGAGUCGCGAAACGAAAACGAGUUUUCUGUCUGUUUGGUGAGAAAGCCCAAACAAUACGCAGAUAUAUCUAUUGCCGUAUAUGCGCUGUGUUGUAAGCAUUUAAAAAUAUAAAUCCCAUGAAAUCCCAUUUCGUAAACGUGUACAUUGAGUGGAAUUCGAUUUUGAGUGCAUUCUUCGUUUGUUUUGAGUGAGAACGUAAACCAGUUUGCUCCGUACUUCUUACCAAGCAAGUUGACUGCAGUUUAAUCGCAGCCUGAGUCAUCCUUUAGUGCAAACUGACUGUGAUUAUCAGUUCAAUGUGAUGCGCCAGUGAAGCUACAUCAGCAAGAGAAACCCACUCGAGGACCUGGAACCUGGAAACCACUGCCAUCAUCAUGCUGCGACUGAUCCUCAUCGCCUGUCUGGCCCAGCUGGCUCUGGCCCAGGCGGAUCUUAAAGAUCUGGAUGGACCCAAUAUCUGUAAAAGAAGAGAGACGUAUCCCGUGGAAGUGGUCUACACAGAACUGCAAUCCUAUCAAGAACGCGGCUCCACCUGGUGCGUCACAUUCCCGCCAAGGUGCUCCACCUAUCGAAUCAAACACCGAGUGGUCAACAAGACCCAGACGAUUAUGAAGAACCGUAUUGUAAGGGACUGCUGUGAUGGCUACAUUGCCAGCGCUGGAGAAUGUGUGCCGCAUUGCUCUGAACCUUGCCAGCACGGAAGAUGCAUCUCCCCGGAGAAGUGCAAGUGCGAUCAUGGUUAUGGAGGACCCGCCUGUGAUAUAAAUUGCCCACCCGGCUGGUACGGCCGGAACUGCUCGAUGCAGUGCGACUGCCUGAACAAUGCGGUCUGCGAGCCCUUCUCCGGCGACUGCGAGUGCGCCAAGGGCUAUGCCGGAGCCCGCUGUGCGGACAUCUGUCCGGAUGGCUUCUUCGGGGCCAACUGCUCGGAGAAGUGCCGCUGCGAGAACGGCGGAAAGUGCCACCACGUGUCCGGCGAAUGCCAGUGUGCGCCCGGAUUCACGGGUCCCCUAUGUGACAUGCGCUGCCCGGACGGGAAACAUGGCGCCCAGUGCCAGCAGGACUGUCCCUGCCAAAACGACGGAAAGUGCCAGCCGGAGAGCGGGGCCUGCAUGUGCAAUCCCGGCUGGACGGGCGAUGUGUGCGCCAACAAGUGUCCGGUGGGCAGCUACGGAGCCGGAUGCCAGGAGACCUGCGAGUGCUACAAGGGAGCCCCAUGCCACCACAUCACAGGAAAGUGCGAGUGCCCACCUGGCUAUCUGGGAGAGCGCUGCUUCGACGAGUGUCCGCUGAACACGUACGGAUUCAACUGCAGCAUGACCUGCGACUGCGAGAACGAUGCCACCUGCGAUCGGUCCAAUGGAACGUGCAUCUGCAAUCCCGGCUGGACGGGCGCCAAGUGCGGGGAGAGGAUCUGCGAGGCGGACAAGUACGGACUGGACUGCAACCGCACCUGCGAGUGCGACAUGGAGCACACCGAACUGUGCCACCCGGACACGGGGAAGUGCCACUGCAGCAUCGGAUGGAGCAGUGCCCAGUGCACCAGGCCGUGCACCUUCCUGCGCUAUGGACCCAACUGCGAGCUGACCUGCAACUGCAAGAACGGAGCCAAGUGCUCGCCGGUCAAUGGAACCUGCCUGUGUGCGCCGGGCUGGAAGGGACCCACCUGCGAGGAGAGCUGUCCGUCCGGCUUCUUUGGCCAGGAUUGCGCCCUGCGCUGCGACUGCCAGAAUGGAGCUAAGUGCGAGCCGGAGACGGGUCAGUGCCGCUGCACCGCCGGCUGGAAGAACAUCAAGUGCGAUCGUCCCUGUGACCUCAACCACUUUGGACAGGACUGUGCCAAGGUGUGCGAUUGCCAGAACAACGCCGCCUGCAAUCCGCAGAACGGAACCUGCACCUGUGCCGCCGGCUGGCUGGGCGAGCAGUGCGAGCGCAAGUGCGACGCCGGGAGAUUCGGACACGACUGCGCCCAGAAGUGCCAGUGCGACUUCAACAACAGCCUGGCUUGCGACGCCACCAACGGACGAUGUGUGUGCAAACAGGACUGGGGAGGCGUUCAUUGCGAGACCAACUGUCGGAGCGGUUACUAUGGUGAAAAUUGUGAUAAAGUUUGCAGAUGCCUGAACAACUCCUCCUGCGAUCCCGACUCCGGCAACUGUAUCUGCUCACCUGGAUGGACGGGAGCCGACUGCGCAGAGCCUUGUCCGCCUGGAUUCUAUGGCAUGGAGUGCAAGGAGCGCUGUCCGGAGAUUCUACAUGGCAACAAGAGCUGCGAUCACAUCACUGGUGAAAUCCUCUGCCGUACUGGUUACGUGGGACUCAUUUGCGAGCAUCCGUGUCCAGCCGGACUCUAUGGACCCGGCUGCAAACUUAAGUGUAACUGCGAGCACGGCGGCGAGUGCAACCAUGUGAGUGGCCAGUGCCAGUGCUUGCCAGGAUGGACCGGCGCCAACUGCAACGAGUCCUGCCCCACGGACACUUACGGGCAAGGAUGCGCCCAGCGGUGCCGCUGUCUGCACCACAAGGUGUGCCGCAAGGCAGACGGCAUGUGCAUCUGCGAGACGGGCUGGUCGGGCACCCGUUGCGACGAGGUCUGUCCGGAGGGAUUCUACGGCGAGCACUGCAUGAAUACCUGCGCCUGUCCGUCGGCAAACUUCCAGUGCCAUGCGGCUCAUGGUUGUGUGUGCCGGAGUGGCUACACGGGUGACAACUGCGACGAGCUGAUCGCCUCCCAACGAGUCGCCGACCAGAGCGAAGAUUCUAGCCGAGCAAGUGUGGCUCUGACCUUGGUCCUAAUGACCCUGUUCGCUUGCAUAAUCUUUGCGGUGUUCUUCUACUACCGACGACGUGUGUCCAACCUGAAAACGGAGAUUGCCCAUGUGCACUAUACCCAUGAUACGAACCCCACAAGCUGGCCGCCCAACCACAACUUCGACAAUCCUGUGUACGGAAUGCAGCCGGAGACACGCCUCCUGCCCAACAAUAUGCGCUCCAAGAUGAACAACUUUGAUCAAAGGAGCACGAUGAGUACGGAGUACGGAGGCGAUGACUCCAAUGCCAGUGGCAGGGUAGGCAGCUAUUCGAUCAACUACAACCACGAUCUGCUCACCAAGAACUUGAAUGCGGACUCGACCAAUCCUAUAGUUUACAACGAUUCCCUGAAGGAGGAGCACGUCUACGAUGAGAUCAAGCACAAGGAGGGCUACAAGGACCCCGUGAAAAUUUAUAGCAAGAUAUUGUUUCCCGAGGAUGAGUACGAUCACCUGGACUACUCGCGACCCAGCACCUCGCAGAAGCCGCACUACCACCGCAUGAACGAUGCCAUGCUCAACAUCAACCAGGACGAGGAGAAGCCCAGCAACGUGAAGAACAUGACGGUGCUGCUGAACAAACCGCUGCCGCCCACGGAGCCGGAGCCCCAGCACGAGAGCUUCGACAAUACGAACACCAACCUCGACAAUGUGUCGACGGCGUCGCCCAGUUCCAGUCCGGAAUUCCGCAAGUAGGCAGCCGGAACAGUCACUUCACCCGCUGGCUAGCUUUUAAGUCGUCAUGAUAUUUUAAUGUGUCUGCAUAGGAUAAGACUUCCCUACACCAUUUGGGAUUUUUAGUUUAAAUAUUUCCUAGAACUUUAGUUGAGUACGUCGUGAUGUUAUGUAUUUCAGUGUAGCAUUUGUCUUGUAUUUAAUUUGUAAUUGUCCUUUUGUAUGUCCGCUCAGUGUAGCCUUGUCAGCUCAACCAAUUGUAAAUUAUUAUUUAGGGGCCCUUUACAACCCAGCAACGGUCCUCAACUUUUGUAAAUGUCUACUUCACUCGCUCUAAAUUUUACUAACGAUUAUGCUCAUUUGAUACACCAUCAACGCGACUAACACCUUGAGUGAAAUCAUAUUAAAUUAAGUACCUACAACACCUCUUCCUUGAAAUUGUGGAGAGUCUCUAAGACGAACUCGUCGGAUCGAAGGUUGCAAUAGAUUUGAAUCGAACCUAUGCAUAUACAGAUUGAUAUCAAUAGGAUAAGCAUAUGGUAUUUAUAUUUUUAAUAAGCGAUUUCAUUUUAGAGUGCAUAAACAAUACAUUAAAAGAGACCUUAUUAGGCAUUGAUAAACUA